GUUAUUUUAUCCUACCAACGCGCCACGAUAUUCUUACCUACGUGCUAAUAACAGCAUUAAAAUAGGCAGAACAUUUAUUGCGUCUGGUUUUAUUAGGCGCGUAACUUCUGAUUUUACUAUAGUAGAGCUCACAGAUCUUGACUUCAUGUCGACCAAUGUUAAUGCGAUUCAGAAUGUGCAAACAAGCACUUCCUCACUUGCUUCGGAUCAUCGCUCAGAUAUUGAUUUGAUUGCUGAAGAUGUUGAUUCUACUACCUCUCGAGCACCAAAAAGACCUCAUAUAUUAGCACCAAGAUCUUCUAAACAAGGUGCUAGCUCAUCUCCUAUUAUCAAUGAAUCUGCCGCUUCUUCUUCGUCUUCGGUAACUCCCAUUAAUACUAUCCCUGAGACAGUUCAGAUUCAGAAAGGUAAAAAAAAAUUGUCUGAUUUGGCUUUGAAUUGUCUUGAACAACCCACUAUGGAUGACACUCGUGAUGAAGAUGUCUAUGCCGAAGAUGUCUCGGUAGAUGAUGAUGAUUUGGAGUUACUGUGUCAACAAGAUGUUGAAGAGCCUAAAAAAAAAAGAAACAGGAGAUCUUCACAGAGAAAUAGAAAAUAA